AUGAAUAUUUUAUUUACAAUUGUGUUAUGGUUGCAACUAGAAAUAGCUGUUUUUGGGAAAAGUACUAGAAUUAUUGGCGGAGAACCGGUAGAUAUUAAUAAACAUGCAUAUAUGGCUGCAUUAAGAAAUGUUAUGCCAGAUUAUCAUUUUUGCGGUGCGACUAUUAUUAGCAAUAAACACAUGCUUACAGCAGGUCAUUGCUUGUACAAUAAACUUGAAAACUUAAAUAGGAUCCGUGUUUAUACUGGCAGUAAUAGUCCAAGCUCGUAUUCCGGUAAAGCACAUAAAAUUUUGCAGGUUCAUGUUCAUCCCGCAUAUAAUGAAACGAAAUCAACAAAUCAUGACUUAGCAAUUCUUACGUUAAAAGAUCCUUUAAUAUUUGGACCAACUCAUAAAAGUGUAGCACUUCCAAUAGAAAAUAUUCGCGAAGGUAGUUUUGCUGUUGCUCUUGGAUGGGGACUCUCACAAUAUCCGUCAACAACCUGCUCGAAUGUUUUGCGUAAAACUCGUCUAAAAAUUUGGAAUGUGUCUAAAUGUAAAGAAUUUUUUGGAUCUCUUCAAAAACAACAAUUUUGCGCAUUUGAUAAAGCAGGAGUUGGUAUAUGCCACGGUGACAGUGGUGGACCAUUGAUUAUUAAUGGAAGAGUUAUAGGCAUUACUUCAAUUAAUUUUCCAUGCGCAAAGGGGUAUCCUGACAUUUUUGUUAAUGUUUUUGACUACUUGGGAUUUAUCAAACAUAUUAUUGACAAAUGA